AAAAUAAUUACAAGCAGUAAAAAUAUAACAUCUGCAUUAUAACACAGCCAACAUAAUUGAUCAUCCGUGCAGCAGUGAAGUCAGCUUAAGACAAAUAAAAUUAAGUCAACAAUAAAAAGCAACGCGGCAAAUCGUGUAGGAAGAAUUGGCCCAGUAGGUGGAAGAAGAAGUGAAGUUCGGAGAGUAUUGGGCGCAAGUCAACAACGUAAACAGUUGGAUAAAAUGCACAGCCACUAUUAAUACAACAUAAAAGUGGCGUUGGUUUCAGAUUACCCAAAUAACGAACGGUAUUUCUUACAAAAUAUGCAACAAGCGGACGACCCACCAUCGCUGCCCGUGGGCACUGAGGUGAGCGCCAAAUACAAAGGAGCAUUCUGUGAAGCCAAAGUCAGUAAAGUGGUGCGCAAUAUCAAAGUAAAGGUAGCCUACAAACAAGGUCUCGGCUCGGGUAUCGUAUCGGACGAUGCCAUCAAAGCGCCGCCAGGUCAGCUGCGCGUUGGAGCCAUUGUUGAGGUGCGUCAUCCGGAUCGCAAGGAGACCGUAGAGGCGACUAUAACCAAAAUUCAGGAUUGCUCCCAAUAUACGGUCGUCUUCGAUGAUGGCGACAUUACGACGCUGCGUCGCACCGCGCUAUGCCUAAAGAGCGGCAGGCAUUUUAAUGAGAGCGAAACCUUGGAUCAGCUGCCGCUAACACAUCCGGAGCAUUUCGGCAAUCCAGUAGUAGGCGGUCGACGCGGACGUCGACGAGGUCAACUGAAUGAUGGCAGCUCUGAUGACGAUGACGAGAGCGAUGCCAAGGAAGUGGUCAACGAGAAGGAGGAGAACAUUGGCAAGGUUGUUUGCGUUGAGACCGAGUCCAAGAAAAAGGACAAAGAAAAAUGGUUUCCCGCGCUGGUUGUGGCGCCCACAGCGCAGGUUAGCAAGCAGGCCACAGUCCGCAUACGCGUCAAGGACGAAUAUCUGGUGCGCUCGUUCAAGGAUGGACGCUACUACACGGUGCCCAAGAAGGAAGCGAAUGAGUUUACACGUGAAAUGGCCAGCAAGCAGGAUGUGCCCGCUGUGCAGGCGGCCCUCGAGUUUCUCGAUAGCAGCAAAUUGCCCGCCCACUGGGAUCGCGACUCCUUAUUCGGCCUGUCCAAUUUAACCAGCGAUGAUGAGGGUGAGAUCGAUUCGGAUUCAUCAGAUGAUGAGCCGCACGAGGAGAAGGAUCUAUUUGUGGCACAGCUAUACAAAUAUAUGGACGACCGGGGCACACCGCUCAAUAAGGUGCCAUCCAUACAAAGUCGCGAUGUGGAUCUCUAUCGCCUGUUUCGGGCGGUGCAGAAACGCGGCGGCUACAAUCGCGUGACCACCAAAAAUCAAUGGAAAAUGAUAGCCAUGCGCCUGGGCUUUACGCCGUGUACUUUGAGUGUUAUGAAUCUGGUGAAGCAGGCAUAUAAGAAAUUUCUUCAGCCGUAUGGUGAUUUCCAUCGCAAGCUCGGCUGCUCCAUGCUGAUGACAUCGCGCAACUCCAAUCGCAGUAAAGGCCGCAGUCUAGUGCGCGCCAACUCGGUGGCCUCACCCAAGCCGGCUGAUACCACCAAAAUGGAAACCAUAAGCAAACUGGCAAUGGCUAAUCAGACAACUGUUGCUGCCAGCAGCGUUGGCGCCUCCGCGUCUGCGGCGGCAGCAACAGCAACAGCUGCAGCAGCUGGCAGUAGCGGAAGUGCGACGGCUGCCACCCCCGUACGCGCCGCCUCAACAGCCUCACAAUCAGCAGCUGAGGAAUCGGAGAACACCAGCGAGUCCAGCGUGGUCGUAGAGCCGGUGAAGAAACAGCGCAAAGUAUCCGCCGCCAGCAGUGGCAAAGUCAAAAAUCUAGUGGAGAAAUAUGAGGAGAAAUCAGCCAUAUCAAACGUUGCGCCGGCAGCAACAGGCGCAGCCACAACCGCAAGUGUCAGCAGCACAGUGGCAUCCACAUCGACAGCAGCGGCAGCUGCAAGAGCUGCUGCUGCGGCAGCAGCAACAAUUGCAACGGCGAGCGCCAAAGCGGACGCCGAGGCGGAUGUUCCACUGGCAAAGAUCAAGGCCGCGGCAGCAUCGACGCGCAACAGCAUAGACAAGGAGCCCAGCGUCGGUGGCAGCAAUGCAUCCAGCAAAGCAGCCUCAGAGACGCAACGAAGUCGCGAUGCAUCUCCCACAGCGGCUGCAACAACAACAGCAACCAGCUCAGGAACCGCAACGAAAAAGGAGAAACAUCAACAACGCAAACAGGUGGACAAAAGCGACGAGAAACGCGGCAAACGCAAGAAGGACGAAAUAACUGUUGAGAAAAUUGAUACAGGCGAUUUUAAAGUCGGCAUCGGUGACAAGUUGAAGGUCAAUUAUCACGAAAAGAAAUCGCCCAGCUCCCAUGGCAGCACGUACGAGGCGAAGGUCAUCGAGAUUAGUGUACAGCGCGGCGUGCCCAUGUAUCUGGUGCACUAUACCGGCUGGAACAAUCGCUACGAUGAGUGGGUGCCGCGCGAGCGCAUUGCCGAGAAUCUAACCAAGGGUUCCAAGCAAAAGACACGCACCAUCAGCACCAGCAGCGCGAACAGUGGUGGUGCGCCCACCCAAGCAGCCAACACAAGCAUCAAUAGCAGCAGCGGCGGCAGCGGUGGCGGCGGCAGCAGCGGUCCCAGUGGCAACGCAACAUUGCCGCAUAAAGAUGCAUCCGGCAAAUCGACGUCCAGCGCAGAUCAGCAGGCACCGGGCACUGGCACGGGCGUCCCUAUGCUGCAGGGCCUGGCAAAGACGCCGACAUCGACAGCGACAACACAGGCGGGCGGCAAACGUGGACGUGGACGCAGCGAUUCCAUGCCGCCGCGCUCUACCACACCCUCAUCGGUUGCCUCUAAUUCGAGUCGUACCAAAUCUCCAGCCGCAUCGCAAUCUCAGGUUCAGCUGAAGCAUAAACGUCCCACCCGCACUUUGCCUACGAAUAGCAGCAUCAACAGCAACCAGGGACGUCGUAUCUCUGCCUCCGCAUCCGUGUCGGCAAAUGUUUCGGAUGCCUCCAUGGCGAGCGACACUGACACCGAUUCUGAUGAGCCUGUACGUCGUCCCAAGCGGCUCAAUACUAAGGAGCAGCAACAGCUGCAACAGAGCAAGACAAAGACAACAGCAGCAGGGACAGCAGCUGCUGGCAGUGGUAAAAAGGUGGCCCCGGUUCGACGCACCAGUGUCAGCGAGUAUAGCGAGGAGGAUGAGGAGGAGGAGCAGCAACAGCAACCGCCGUCAGGCAAACAGCAGGCACAGCAGCACCAGCAGCCGGCUGUGCAGCGUCCGCGCGCCGGAAAUCGUGCUAUGAGCAGCGGAGGCGGCGGUGGCGGUGGUGCCGCCAAGGGACGCGACUAUGAUCUCAGCGAGAUACGCUCAGAGUUGAAGGGCUUUCAGCCACAGCUGCUCGAGCGCAAAGAUGCCAUCAAGAGCGAACCGAGCGAUGCGCAGGCCAAACAGGAGCCCAAAACGGGCAGCUCCACGGAGCAGUCGUCCGAAACGGAUUCCUACAUUGACGAGGAUUCGCAGUCAUCUGAAAAACUUGAUUAUCGCAAGCAGCCGACGGUCAGCGACAAGCGUAAGAACGCUGCCGGAGCAACAUCAGCUGUAAGCAGUGCCUCCUCCUCCGCUAAUGCGGAGCAGCAGCAUUCCAGCGAGCCAAACAUCAAGAAGGAGUCCGACAAGCUGCAUAUCAAACACGAAACGCCCGCCGGCGAGGAGCGCAAGCCAUUCAAAAUGGAGCCCAAGGAGGAGCACCCGAAGCCAUUCCACAGCGGCGCCGAUAUAAAGCCCACAACAUCAUCUACGUUGAUUGCGCCGGCCCGCUUUGGCGCCAACAGCAGCAGCAGCAGCAGCGGCGGCGGCGGCGGCGGCACAGCCAAGUGCACCUCGGUGAUUGUGGAGAAGCCGCUGACAUUGCUCAAGAAAGUGGAAAAAGCUGAAGCGUCAACAUCAACAACAACAUCAACAGCUACAGUAGCAACAAAUACAUUGUUGCCUGGCAAGAAACUGGAGCUGCUAAAGAAACAGCAGGCAUCUGCUGCUGGCAGCUCCAUGGAUGCUGGCAAAAAGUUUGUGGAACCAGUGCUGCAUAAGGAGACAGCCACAUUGAAGGUAGAACUGCCGGCUGCCUGUUCGCCCUCCUCAUCCAGUUCGUCCUCCAGCUCGUUCUGUUCCAGCAGCAAUUCGGCGGCCACUACGGUUAGUUUGAGCAGCAGCUCCUCGGCCACACGCUCGCUGCCGGACAUGAGCAAACUGGAGAUCAGCAGCGGCACAACAACAACACCAGCAGCAGGAGCAACAGGCACAUCUGCCGGCAUGCCCAAGGAAACAAAGUACAGCAGCGGCAGCAGCAGCACCAGCAUGCACAUGAGCAACAUAACCAGCGGCAUUAAGCUGCUUCCCUCGGAUGUGUACGAGUUCAAGGAUACAGAGCCCUUUGAAUUCGAGAAACGCAUCUCGCCCAUGGCCUCCAUCAGCUGUGCCGGCACCUCGGUCAUAGCUAGCGGCACGCCAUCUGCUGCCAGUAGCAGCAGCAGCAGCCACGUCGGCAACGCAGCAACAACAGUUGCAGCGCCCGUUGCUGUCAGCGCCGCAGCACGCAAGCAGGCGCUCAAAGCUAGCGCCAUAGCACAUAGCAUUGAGCAGCAUCAAUUACCACAUGCGGCACACGAGCCGCGCAGCUAUGCCACGAGCACAGCAACAACUGUACCAGCGGCAGCAGCAACAACCACGCCUGGCAAGGCCAAGAAACGCGGCUCGCCGCUUAAGGAAGCCAGCCUCACGUGUACGGACAAACCCAAGCUGCUCAAACUGGAACAGCAGCAGCAGCAGACAGUCGUCACAGUGCAAUCCUCGCCAGCAGCAAGUCCCAAUAGCGCGAAGCCAGGGCCAGCAGCCGCCACCAAAGCAAGCGGCAUCGUAGCAGCUGCAGCUGCAUCAGUUGUAGGCUGCGCACAGCUAACCCCUGGCCAUGCCACGCCCUUCGAUGUGCUGCGCAAGUCGCCCAGUUUCAAUUUGAAUAUAACAGCGCUUAACGAGGAGCUCGCCCAGACGGUGCAGGAAACGACGCGCGCGUUAACGGAUGCACUGCAGCCGCCCACAACGCCAGCAACACCGCCGGCAGCAGCAGCCGCAGCAACAUCAGCCUCAGCUGCAGCUAUGUCUGCCGCAUUCACACCAGUCAUAGCUGUGCCCGUUUCACCCAGACUGGGUACGCCGCCUCAGGCGUUGGGCGUGGCCAAGACAACACAGCAACAGCAGCAAAUCGUGGGCAGUCCCUUUAUGGAGACGCGCAAUGUGUUCGAGCUGAGCACCUCGAACGAGGGCAGCGGCUACAGUUCCGGUGAAUCGAACAAGGACAAUAAACUAGAGAAGCUGGAGAAUGUCAAGAUAUUGCUGGCGGGCACAGCGGGUCCGUUCGAUUUGGAUGAGGUCAAGUACGAGCAAAAGCCUAGCUCCAUAGCGGACAAGGUGCUCAAGGCGAUCAGUCAGAAGAAGGAGGAAGUGGAGCAAAGUAAAACCAAAAGUCAAACAGACAACAACAACACGGACAAAGACGAGCCUCAGCCGCAUCCGAGCAGCAUUAAAUUGGAGCCAAGCAGCAGCAGCUCCACACUGAAGCUGGACACCUUGAAGCUGCUCAGUGAGCCGCUCAAGAUACAAACGGGUCCGGCACUAUCGUCAGCUGUCCUCAGCGAUUUAUAUCAUCGGACGAGCAGCAGCAACAGUCCCGAAACCAAAUCCAUACUGGACGCCUCGCUGUCGGCGAAGAAUAGCGAACUUAGCGAGACAAUACAAAAGCUCGAGUGCGCCAUACAGCAGCGCAAGACGCCAGUGGCGGGACAAUCAUCCAUGACUUCGUCUAUAGCUGGUACGCCGCCGGUGACGGCAACAGUGGGCACCGCUAGCUUCUCGGACGAGUCGAUGGACAGCACCGAUUCCGAGCAGCGGCUGGUCAUUGAGGAUGUUAUGGCCGAGGAGCCCAGUACGGUUAGCGAAUUGAAGAGUCCAAUGUCUGAGGCCUCUGGCAGUCUGACGGGCAGUGCGCCCGUUAAACUGGAGCUGGCUGCUGCUGGCAGCAAACAGCUGACGGCGGGUCUCCAGGCGCCCAUUGCGCUGAAGCCGAUGCUGUUGCUGCAGCCUGGCAUGCCGUGUGGGCUAAGCACUUACCCAAAUAAGGAGCAAUCUCCAAUUGCAACAACUCAAACAACAGCAACAACAACAACAGCAGCAGGCGGAGCAACGACCUCGACGGUGCUGCCCCCGGGCGUGCCCAUUGUGCUGCCCGAAAUACCCGUCUCUGUGGUGGUCGCACUGCGUCACAGUCCCGGCAGCGCCAGCCCCGCCUCACCCAAGCCGGAGCACAAGCUGACGCCCAAACAGCCACUGCCUGCCGAUGAUGGCGGCCUGCUGCUUAAACCGUACACGGUUCAGAUCAGUCCGCCGCUGCACGAUGCCCAGACGUCAGCCGUGGAGGCCAAAGCAGCGGCAUCGCCAUUGCCGCGUCCAUUUGUCUUGCAGCAGGCGAAGGACCAGCCCAUGCAUGUCUCGCCUGCGGCUGGCAGUCCACUAAUCAGUGAGGCCACCCACAGUGAGGCGGCCAUUAAUCUGCUCUGCGAGGAGACCAUACCGGGUAGUCCGGCACCAAACUAUACCAGCAAAGACGAACCGAUCACCAUCACGGGCAGUUCCAUGGCCCCAGCAACAGGAACGUCCGUCACUGCCGUUGUUGCCACAAACGCAUCCGGUUGCAGCUCCACGCUGACCAUACCGGGCAUAACACCAUUACCACCGGAUACACCGCCGCCGCGUGUCACGACAGCGACGCUAGUUGGCCAGCCAGCGCCGGCGGCUUCGGUGUCGCCCAACAGCUCUCCGGAAUCGCCGGCCAGCCAGGAUGACAGCAGCGAGGAGACCGGCAGCAGCAGUCUGCACAGUGCGGCCAAAAAGUAUGCGGAACUCGAGAGCAACGUGCUCAGCGGCAGGCGCAAAAGGCGUGCCAAGGCCAGCGAUGUUAAUCUACAGUCUGCAGUGCAUAUGACAGCUGCCACCGCUGCCGAGCUGCACGUUCUGGGCAAGCGUCGCAGGCAGCAGAUGAACAGCAUGCGCAAGACGACAACAACAACAACAGCUGGUUCCGAUACCGAUGACACUUCCGAGAAUGUUGUCACAACGCAGCGCCAUAGCACACGCCAGCAACUGUUGCCGCAAGGGCAGCAACAGCUGCAGCAACAACAACAACAACAACAACAGCAACAACAACAGCAGCAGCAACAACAACAAAUGCACCAACAACCAAUACAAUCGUUAGCCAAUGCAUCGGGCGUACGACCAUGUCCAUAUAAUUUCCUUGUUGAAUUGGAUCCCUCGCUCAGCGCGGAGCAGUGCAUACUGAUACUGCGCAAACAGAUUCAGGAUUUGCGCAAGGCCUACAACAGCAUCAAGGGCGAGCUGGCGGUCAUCGAUCGGCGGCGCAAGAAGCUACGACGACGCGAGCGCGAGAAGAAGCAGCAGCAGCAAAUGCAGAGCCAGCAGCAGGGCAAAGUUUGCGCAUAAGCAAUCCAAAAUGCAAUACACAUACAUACACAUAUUAUGUAUGGCAUAUAGAAAUUCAAAAAUUGUAAAUUUUCUAUCGAUUUAAGUCGUUCGUUAAAUUCUCCCACUACUUUCCUUUCCUUUUUUUUUUUUUGUUCCCACUCUCCCGCUCUGUCUCUUUCUUUCGCUAGUUUGUAGCUUGAAAGUAACAGCUAUGCAGCAUUUGAUGGCCCUCAAUGGGAGUUGCAAGCCAUUUAAGAAUAUACAAAGCUUACCUAGAAUUACUACAAGCAAUUAUAAAUACAAAAUGUAAUACAA